AUGAGAUUCUCCAGCAUCAUCGCCACGGCCAUCUGCUUGGUCUCUCCUAUCCUGGCAGCGCCCGCAGGCGAAUUGCACCGUCGAGACUGCCCGUCUGUCGACUCCAUCCGGGACUGGAUCAAAGACAACGCCAAGGUUGGCACAAACACCGUCUUCUACACCGCCGGCGCCAAGCAGGCUCAAGCCGAGGCCUUCGCGGCCACUCUCGACGGCGGCGGCCAGUACUGGAACAAGGUCUUCGGCGACCAAUACCUCGACUGGCUUGAUGAGUGCGGUCCUGGCGCCGAGCAGGACAAGCUGUUCCCCCGCAUGGGCGAGGCCCUGGCUAAGGAGUCCAGUGGAACCGCCUAUGUUAUGAUGGUGAAGGGCAAGCCGAUCGCCGACUUCUGGAAGAACUACGAGUACCCCAACCUUGGUAACGCAAAGAUCAUUGCUGUCAAUGCUGAUGACUUCAAUGACAAGAAGGAUUAUGUCCACGACCAGCCCUUCAAGCGUGCCAUUCUUAUGGCAUAA